AUGGAUACGUUAACGAAGGAGGUUGACAAGCUCCAGAUGGAGGACGAACCCACCGUGACACAGUUCACAGAAACAACAACGAACGUUGAACAACUACCUCCCCCAGCUGAAUCCGAACCUGUAUCCAUGCCGGAGUCUGUGUCUAUACCAGAACCUGUAUCUACGAUAGAGCCUGCCCGAGAACCAGAGUCCACAUCUGCCCCUGAGAGUUUGGUUCCACAAACACCAGAGCAAGACAACGAGGCUUCAAGUUAUCAGCAGAACUAUAACAACGGCUACAGCAACGGACAACAAACUCAUCACUCGUCAUUCUCUCCCGAAUACGUUCAAUCGACAACACAAUCCCUACAUGCACAUGAAAGUGACCUUUCACCCGCAUCAAGGCAUAACUCUCCCACCAUGUCUUAUCAACAAUAUCAGCUACCUUCACAGCCCGCCUCUCGCCCUGGAUCAGGGGUAUCGAACGCCGGGGAUAGAUAUGGCUACUCGCAACAAUAUCAAGAUCAGAACCCGAGGCAACAGCAGCAGCAGCAACAACAACAACACCAGCAACAAUCUGCAGCCCCAAACAAGAAUAGUGUUGUGAUUAAAGUUGGAAUGGUUGGGGAUGCUCAGAUUGGUAAAACGAGUUUAAUGGUCAAAUAUGUCGAGGGUAGCUGGGACGAAGAUUAUAUUCAGACGUUAGGGGUCAAUUUUAUGGAAAAGACCAUUUCAAUCCGCAACACAGAAAUCACGUUUUCAAUCUGGGACUUGGGCGGGCAGCGAGAAUUCGUUAAUAUGCUCCCUCUUGUCUGCAACGAUGCCGUGGCUAUCUUGUUUAUGUUCGAUCUCACCCGAAAAAGUACACUUAACUCUAUUAAAGAGUGGUACCGACAGGGGCGCGGUUUCAAUAAGACCGCCAUACCUUUCCUCGUCGGAACCAAAUAUGACCAUUUUGUCAACUUCCCCCGCGAAGACCAGGAGGAGAUAUCAAUACAAAUAUUUAAAAUCGUCCUUAGCAAGGCAUUUGACCUUAAAUGCACGAUUCCCGAAAUCGAGAAUAUUGGUGAACCCUUGCUACUGUACCAAUCCGUCUGA